AUGGCGGCAAGUUCAUCGACACGAUAUACACGCUUGCGGACAAAUGAAGAAGAUGAACCCAGCGGCAGUGCUUUUGAAGAGAUUAUUAUGAAACAAGAGCAAAUUAUACGAGAUCAAGAUGAGGACCUCGUACUUGUAGGAAAGUCGGUAAAUACACUAAAGCAUAUGAGUUACAAAAUCGGUGAUGAACUCGAUCAACAGGCAGUCAUGCUGGAUGACUUAGGCCAAGAAAUGGACACAGUUGACGCCAAACUUGAUAGUGUAAUGAAGAAAAUCGCCAAGUUAACACAUAUGGAUGACGAUAAACGACAAUGCAAGAUGAUAAUGAUACUCAGCGUUGUGAUAUUUUUUCUGUUAAUUGUUUUAAUUCUUUUUUAA